AUGGAACGAACUUCAAAAUUAAUGCAUAAUUUACGUUUUAGACAAAAACAGUUUCAUUCACAAAUGGCCAAAUUAAAAAUUAUCUCAAUGAUAUUGAAUUCAAUAUUAAUCAUCAUUGGUAUCAUUAUAUUUAGUUCUGUAUUAUUAGUGAUUAGUUAUCCAAUAUGGUUAAAAAUGUUUAUAUCAUUACAAAAAAUUACAAUUAGUUAUGCAAUAUUAAUAUGGAUUGUAUUUUUUUGUAUUACAUCAAUAAUAUUAGGAAUUAUUGGAAUAUUUUCUAUACAACGUAAAGCAACAUUAAUAUUAGGCAUACAAAUAUUUGCCCUGGUAUUUUUAGCAGUGUUAGAAAGUGGUAUUCUUUAUACUAUACUAUCACAAUGGUUAAGACAUUUAGAAGUUGGUGUAACAUUUGCUGUUCAAAUGUUUCAACCUGGUUUAGAAGAUAAAACAGUUAUGGCAAAUAUACAAGAAGCUCUUCAUUGUUGUGGUAGAGGAUCUUAUGACGAUUAUGGUGUGGCUAAUGAAGCAAUACCUAAACAACAUGUACCAUAUUCAUGUUGUGAUUUACAAACUUAUACAAAUGAACAUUGUAAUAAUGCAUCAAAAUUAACCAGAAAUAAACUUACUUCAUUAACAGUACAAUCACCUGAAAUGAAUAAUCUAUUUUAUGUUAUUCCAUAUUAUUUAGCUUAUCCUGAAGGUUGUGUAAAUCGUUUAAAAAAUUUAUUUUUACCAAUAGUUAUUGGAUGUUUUUGUCUUUUAAUAUCUGUGAAUAUUAUUGCAACAUUUAUCAAUUGUUUCUAUGUACAAAAAGCUGCUGAUGAAGAAGAAUAUGAACAAAAUUGGCUUGAUUCACAAAAAUUUUUAAAAGAAACUAAAGAAGCAUUUUGUUUAAAACCACAAAAACAAGUAGAAAUUUCAUGUGAUGCUUCAAUUUCAAAUGUAGAUGAUCUAAGUGUAUUUCAAGGACAAUUAUCCCGUCGACGAACUAGUUCUAUACCAACUGAUACAGAUUAA